CCCAUCCCACCUGCAAGCUAGCCUCGCUGACCAAAACUUCAUUGUAGCUCGCCACCUUUCAGUCACUGGUUGACCUCCUUCACCAUGUCCGCUCCCCGUAUCGACACUCCCCCUGCGUCCGACCACGACACGGCGUCGGCGCAUACCCCCGAAAAGGCGCAGCACAUCGCCGACGACAAGGCCAUCCACGAGGGCCGCUCGGCUGCCGACAACGCCUCGCUCAUCUCCGACACGACCCUCAUCGCCCAGCAGGAGGGCAUCAAGCCGGCUUUCCUCGCCAAGGUGCAGGUGCUUAACAAUGCGCUCGCAGAGAUUGGCAUGGGACGUUACCAGUACGAGCUCUUCUUCUCGGGCGGCUUUGGCUGGUUUGCCGACAACAUCUGGCUCCAGGGAAUCUCAAUUAUCAUGCCGUCGGUUUCGUACGAGUGGCGUGGCCAGCCGAUGGUCGCCCUCGCAAGUCUGUCGCUCUACGUCGGCCUCAUCCUCGGCGCCUUCUUCUGGGGCUGCUCGUGCGACAUUGUUGGACGCCGUAUCGCGUGGAACUCGACCCUGCUCAUCGGCGGCGUGUUCGGCGCGGCAGCCGGCGGUGCCAACAACUUUACGACGUUCUGCGCGAUGAUCGCGCUCACCGGCUUCGGCGUGGGCGGCAACCUGCCCGUCGACGGCACCAUGUUCCUCGAGUUCCUGCCCGGCUCGCACCAGUACCUGCUCACGCUGCUGUCCAUCUGGUGGGCCAUCGGUCAGGUCGUCGCGUCGCUCAUUGCCUGGGGCUUCAUCGCGCGCUGGGGCUGCGCACCGCCCGCCAAGGGCGAGUGGUGCACCAAGGCCGACAACAUGGGCUGGAGGUACACUUACAUCACGCUCGGGUGCAUGAUGAUCUUCCUGUGGCUCGUCCGCUUCCUCGUCCUCCCCGUGUACGAGUCGCCCAAGUUCCUCGCGUCCAUCGGCAAGGACGAGGCCGCCGUCGAGGUCAUCCACAAGAUUGCCAAGCGUAACGGCGUCAACGUCUCCAUCACCGUCGAGGACCUCAAGGCCGCUGCCGAGCCCUACCUCACUGCCGAGGAGAAGGAGGCGUCCACGAUCCAGGAGAAGCCCUUCACCACCAUGGAGCUGCUCAAGAACUCGCUCCACGAGCUCUCGUUCGAGAAGAUCUCGACCCUCUUCUGCAACCGCCGCCUCGCGUACUCGUCCUCGCUCAUCAUCUUCUGCUACGCCGCCCUCGGUCUCGCCUACCCGCUCUACAACCAGUUCCUCGGCCUCUACCUCGCCGCUCGUGGCGCCGAGCUCGGUAGCACCAGUGUCAACGCGACCUACGCGUCCUACACGUACCAGGCUGCAUGCGGUAUCCCCGGCUCCAUCGUCGCGUGCAUGUUCGUCCAGGUCCCCCGCGCUGGUCGCAAGGUCGCCAUGGCCGUCUUCACCCUCGGUGCUGGUGUCUUCCUCUUUGCCCUCACGGCCGCCAAGAACCAGGUGCAGAUCAAUGCGCUUACGUGUAUUGCUUCGUUCUUCGAGAACGCCUUCUACGGUGUCAUCUUCGGCUACGCGCCAGAGCUCUUCCCUACCCCCUCGCGCGGCACCGGCGACGCGCUUUGCGCCACCGCCAUGCGUGUCACUGGUAUCUUUGCCCCAGUGAUCCACAUGUGGUCCAAGGCCGGUGACACGCCCAACGGCCCAGUCUACGCCUCGGCCAGUAUCUUUGUCCUCACGGGCCUGGUGAUGUUCCUCCUCCCCGUCGAAACCCGCGGCAAGACCGCUUUGUAAUUGCGCUACCGCUGCGCGCCGAGUGCAAGUGAUGUAUACCCGCUACGUGCUCACUAGGUCGUCUGUGGGCUCCUUUCCAGGAUGUUGUCGGUAUUGUAACAUGUUUCCCCGCGGCCUGUGUUGCUGCUCACUUGACCUGCGCCCGUUCUCUUCUCGUCGUGGCUUCUUGGGUUAGGUGCGUUGUGGGGUGUGCUAAGGCAGACUGUUCGGGUACCAUGUUUGUUUCGGGCUUGGGAUUGGGAUACUGUAAGGGCUCGAUCGGUAAGCAGGGGCGUGGCUGGGACUGACGGUUGUGGCUGUGUUCAGUUUGGGUUUCCGCGCCUUGUGUUUGGCUCCUUUCUGUCCAGGUGAGUAUCGUGUGAGCUGCGGAGGCGUGAACCAUGUCGUGCUAGUCUGGCUACCCUUGAUGCAUCUUUUUUUUUUUUUU